AUGAUUGGCAGCCUGUUCUUCAUCUUUAAUCGGUUGGUGGAGAUCACCUUCCUGAUCCCGAUCAUUGGUAUCAUGGCCUAUUUCGUCCAUGGCUAUCUCCAAGCCAACAUGCUCACUCCGCCCUACAUCCUGGUUCUCUUCAUCGUCAGUGUGAUCGCGGUCUUCUGGGCCGUCGACACGCUGAUCCGCUUCUCGACCACCAAGCGCUCGGCGUUCUUCGUCUCCUUCGUGGACAUGCUGUUCUUUGGUGCCUUCAUCGCCGGCGUCUACCAGCUGCGCUUCAUUGCGAACGCGGACUGUGGUCACUGGGACGGCGGCUCAGUCUGGGUAUCCCUGGGUCCUUUCGGCGAGUACGGCCAGAGCACAAAUAACCCCCUGGCCGACCACGUCAACAAGACCUGUGCGAUGCUGAAGACCACCUUUGCGAUGGGCAUCAUGGAGGUCAUCUUCUUCAUCUGGACCGCCUUCUUGGCCCUCUUCAUCCACUCCAAGAACCGCGAGGUUAUCGUGAAGGAGACCACCGUCCGUCGCCGGAGCCACAGCAGCCGCCGUGGUCAUUCCAGCUCGCACCACCGCCACCGCAGCUCUAGCCGCCGGCCGCACUAUGUGGUGUAG